CCAGCUAAACAGAACUGUGCUGAGCUUUACAAAGCUGGUGAAAGAAUCAGCGGUGUUUAUACAAUCGACCCUGAUGGUCAAGGUGCCUUUGAUGUGUUCUGUGACCAAACAACAACUGGAGGGGGGUGGAUAGUGUUCCAAAAGAGACUGGACGGCUCGGUUGAUUUCUACCGCGGCUGGGCUGACUACAAGCGGGGGUUUGGUAACCCGAAUGGCGAGUUUUGGCUUGGACUGGACAAGAUUCACCGGCUGACAAAAUCGAAUAACAGGCUUCGAGUUGAUCUGGAAGACACAACAGGCAAAACCGCUUACGCUGAAUACGACGUGUUUGCUGUUACAAGCGAGAGGACUAAGUACCAGCUUAGUCUAGGAACUUAUUCAGGUGAACUAAGGAGAUUUCCUGUGCUUCAAAAAUUGUAUUUAAUGCUAAAUUUUAGUUGUCAUUAUUCAUUGUAUGUAUUGUAUUAAGGCUUCCCUUGCCUCCUUUAUGGUCCUUCUUAGUUUUGAUAACUUUUUGGAGAUUCAAUUUUACAAUUACGAUUAAUUAAAACUUAUAUAGCUCAAUUUUCUAUGGAGCAUGAUCAGAUGUGCUUCAUAAUAAGUUAAAAAGACUGAAAAUGACUGAAGGAUGCUAACUAUGGGAGAUUCAAUAGGCACUCAUUCAUUAUUCCCAAAUUAUCCCUCUCUUCUGUUUUAAUAACACAUAUUACAUUUAGGUAUUCUAUUAAAAACAUUUAUAAUGGUAACUUAACAGGUCUGAGGGGAGCCCAAUUCGGUUUUUGAUCACACAAGUGAUUAACAGAAUGGGACGACCGCAUUGAAGCUCUUGUAUCAAUUCACCAUAACUAUGACAAAUCUUGUGAUUUUUUAAGCAUUUUUCUUUUUUCAACUUAAAGCACAAGAUAUUCCGACGGUUGUUUGCAAGCAGUGACUUAAAAAUUAUUCAAGUGCGCGCGCAAGAUGGCUUUUACUGUUAGCUAUUGUCCAGUUACUUAAGGAUGACCCGCACUGCCCUAUUACACUGUCCUAUUAAUGCUAGCGACAUUGUUAUAGUUAUGUUGAUAGUAAAUUCGCCUUGUGUAUUUUUUAGGAACCGCUGGAGACUCUUUUUCUGUGCAUCGUGCCCAGCCAUUUACCACUAAAGACCAAGAUAAUGAUAGCGCAACAUCUGUCAACUGUGCUGUGUCCUACAAAGGAGCCUGGUGGUACGAAAGCUGUCAUUCAUCAAAUCUGAAUGGUUUGUAUCACCAUGGUUCACAUUCAUCUUAUGCUGAUGGUGUCAACUGGGAUGCAUGGAAAGGAUAUAACUACUCUGCCAAGAGAGCUGAGAUGAAAAUGAGACCAGUGAACUUUUAG